AUGGUGCAACAGCUUCUCAACCCUGAGACAGACGCCGACGGAGGACAGUGGAGGACGUUCCGAUACGUCGUGAACCCACAGACCAACUGCUCGUCGAUUGGCUUCGCUGUGGGACCUUUCCGACUCUUUGUCCCGCCAGAAAUGCCCCGGAUGACGCACUUUGCGCUGCCCGAAUGCUUCGAAGACCUCGUGCACUGCACGUCCAAGUUGGCUUCGACUAUGUCGUACUUUGAAGGGACAUUGGGGGCGUCGUACCCGUUCAAGACGUACCAGCAGGUGUUUGUGGAAGAUCUGCCCGAUCAGCUGCAAUACGUCGCUGGAGGAGCCAUUCUGGACCAGAAUCUGCUGCAUGGGCCUCGGAUUAUUGAUCGAGAGCUGCCGUCGCACUUGGCGCAAGUGAAGGCGCUGGUCGGCAGCUGGAUUGGCGGCGCCGUGGGCAUUCAGAGCACGAAAGACGCGUGGGUGUUGAUUGGAGUCAUCGGCCAUUUAGUCAACACGUACGUGCGGUCUAUUUACGGGGAAGAAGAGUACGGCUACCGUAUCCAACUGGCUAUGGACGCACUGACGACGAUGGAGCUGACGACAGAUCAGCAGUCUCCGGCCUUACUGUCGUCGGAGGUGGAUGUGUACUCGGAGUACGACCCGUUCAGCGUGUAG